AUGGAUCGCCGAGACACCAACUACCUGCUUUAUGAGGGACUUGAUAAGGAUGAAGAAAAACGGAAUGGUGGAAAAGCACAGAUCUUCUUUCUGACUGGAGAGGGAAGAAUGGAAAAAGACAGUGGUCAGGGCCAGGCUGGAGCCGCCGCAGCCGAAGGGGAAGGAGCAGAAGAAUUCAGUGGAGAAGGUCCCUCAGUUGCCGGUGCCUCAGGCCUCAUGGAUAACUUGAAACAAGAGGACCAGGGCACCAGCCGCAGUGACCCGGAGAAAGAGAAGCAGCCAAAAGAGCCCGUCCGCAGGGACAUGGAGGUUACAGAAUGUGUACAACCUGUGUCCGUCCUGGUGCGCCAGCGUUGCUUCCACUACAAGUUCAACCAGUGGCAGUUGCAGGAGCUGGAGCGGUUUUUCCAGCAAAAUCACUACAUCAGUGCAGAACUAAGAAAACAGCUGGCAAGAUGGAUAGGCGUGAGUGAAGCUAGAGUUCAGAAUUGGUUUAAGGGGAGGCGAGAACAAUACAAGAGAGAUCAGAAGCUAAAAUAUGCAGAGAGGCACAACCGACAGCAAGCCGCAAGCCACUUCGACGCCGGCAUUCCGGACAUGGAGCGUCAAAACUUCGAUUACCAACAUUUUGUGGGACUUGACGACGACGACGACGACGACAACUGGGAUGAGGCUGAGGCACUGAGGGUCUUGCAGGCUGGAGAGGGAAGAAAUGAGGAAGCGAGUGGAUGGGUCCAGGCUGGGCGCGGAGUCGCGGUCAUAGCCGCAGCAGCAGCAGCAGAAGGAGCAGGAGAAGGCCCCUCAGCUGCUGGUGCAGCAGGCCUCGUGGAUGACGGGAACCAAGAGGGCGCUGCCGGUGGCCAUGGCCAGGAGAAUGAGCCGCAGCCUCAGGAGCCAGAUCGCGGGGCCAUGGGCGACAAUGAGGCUGUGGCGCAACUCGCGCCAGCGCCAGCGCCAGCGCCAGCGCCAAGGCCCAAACACAGCAGGUUCGCCCGCUGGCAGCUGUCUAAGCUGGAGAGUGUUUUCCAGUCUACUCACUACAUCAAAGCAAACGCAAGGUGA